AUGUCUGCACUUCGAAAGAAAUUUGGGGACGAUUAUCAGGUAGUGACCACCUCAUCCAGCGGCUCUGGGUUCAACCAGCCUCCCCCGGAGAAAAAGAGGAAGAGGCAGCGGUUCGUGGAUAAGAACGGGCGAUGUAACGUCCAGCAUGGGAACCUGGGCGGUGAGACCAGCAGGUACCUCUCAGACUUGUUCACCACACUCGUAGACUUGAAAUGGCGCUGGAAUCUGUUUAUUUUCAUCCUCACCUACACGGUGGCUUGGCUCUUCAUGGCCUCCAUGUGGUGGUGCAUCGCCUACAUCAGGGGAGACCUCAACAGAGCCCACAAUGACAAGUACACUCCAUGUGUGGCCAACGUCUACAACUUUCCCUCAGCCUUCCUCUUCUUCAUAGAGACCGAGGCGACCAUCGGGUACGGCUACCGGUACAUCACGGACAAAUGCCCCGAGGGCAUCAUCCUCUUCCUGUUCCAGUCGAUCCUCGGGUCGAUCGUCGAUGCCUUUUUGAUCGGCUGCAUGUUCAUCAAGAUGUCUCAGCCCAAGAAGAGGGCAGAGACGCUGAUGUUCAGUGAACAUGCGGCGAUUUCCAUGCGGGAUGGAAAACUAACUCUCAUGUUCAGGGUGGGCAACCUGCGUAACAGCCAUAUGGUCUCUGCACAGAUCCGCUGCAAACUGCUCAAAUCCCGCCAGACACCUGAGGGGGAGUUUCUUCCUCUGGAUCAGCUGGAGUUGGACGUCGGUUUCAGCACCGGUGCAGACCAGCUCUUCCUCGUCUCCCCCCUCACCAUCUGUCAUGUGAUUGACACCAAAAGCCCCUUCUACGACCUCUCCUUGAGGUCCAUGCAAACUGAGCAGUUUGAAAUUGUGGUGAUACUUGAAGGAAUAGUAGAAACUACAGGAAUGACCUGUCAAGCCAGGACCUCCUACACCGAGGACGAGGUUCUGUGGGGGCACCGCUUCUUCCCGGUUAUUUCCUUGGAGGAAGGCUUCUUUAAGGUGGACUACUCUCAAUUCCAUGCCACGUUCGAGGUCCCCACCACUCCGUACAGCGUGAAAGAGCAGGAGGAGGCGUUGCUUCUGUCCUCGCCUCUCAUGGCUCCUUCCCUGUGCAACAGCGGGGAGAAGAACAGCUCCCUGGACUGUCUGGAGGCCCUGGAGGACAAUGACAGCGCAAUCAAGCUGCCCACCAAGCUCCAGAAGAUCACGGGACGGGACGGCCUGCCCAAGAAGCUCCUGAGGAUGAGCUCCACCACCUCAGAGAUGACUUACAGUUUCGGAGACCUGCCCAUGAAGCUGCAGCGGAUCAGCUCUGUUCCUGGUGUGUCUGAUGACAAGCAGGGCGGUAAGAGCUGCAAGAUGAGCACAGAGCCCAUGAGCAAGUCAGUGGCAGACUUACCUCCCAAACUGCAGCGACUGGCUGGGGGAGGAGGAGGAGGCAGGAUGGACGGCCAUUUACCCCCCAAACUUAGAAAAAUGAAUUCCGAUCGCUUUACAUAAAGCAGACAGAGAUAUUAAUAUAGCCUACGCUCCUCCGACUUUGUUUCCCUCCUGGAGUCCUUGUACUGAUCCUAAUUUAUUAACGAACAACAUUGUUAUAUACCAAGAAAUGUAGAAUAUGUGCACAAAUACCUUAUGAAGAGUAGGCUGAAGGAAUCGAGCACAUUUGUCUCCAGAUGUCGGCGUACAUGCUGUGACGGAAGAUGUGACUCAUUUUUUUUUUGUUUUUUUUUUUUUAGGGAUGAUGUACAAUUAGCACAAUCUGGCAUGUAAGAAACAACGCAUGUAGAAUUGAAUCUCAAUAAUUUCCGGCAUGUCAUUUAUCGAUAUAUUAUUUUACAACAAACACUUUCAUCGGGGAGUCGACUGACAGUGGAAAAAUAAAAAGCCAAUUUCCCCGGGUGAAAACCCUCCACGACACGGUUCUGGUUUGUGGUGCGACGGGCACACUCGUUUGUUUUGAGUUGACUGCUUUUGUUGUUUAAUGUAAAAGUUGUGGCAAUGUUCUGUUGAUUGCAUGCUCCUCUAUUGACUUAGCUAUACAAAGGUAAUAGACAAAGAUGUUUAGCCUUAACUAUAUUACCUUGUUUCCAUUUCCAUGUUUGUUCAUAGCAGUAUUUUUGGUAUUUCAUAUUUAGACUAUUUUACCAUGUGCGAUUGUAUGGUUUUAUUAGACGAUCAAAAGCCGAACUUGUUGCUCGAUGAUGUCUUUGACUCUUGAGUUGUUUAUAAGAAAUGGACGUGGCCAUCUGGUUGUAAACGUAGCGCACAGGAAGCGGAAAAGUACUUCUCUGAAGCAAUGCAGCAAAUAGAAUCUGAACAAAAAAAAUCUGCAACUAAUAUGAAAAAUAAGAAACGAAAUCCUGAACAUAUCGAUUCUCUUUCGAGCAAAAUAGACGGUAAAGCACAAGUUACAUGACUUGACGUUUAAGUAUUCGGACUGUGACAUGCGUAUAUAUAUGUCUAUGUUUGCAUAUAUAACAACAACCAAUAAGAAAUAAGAAAUUUCAAAUUGCAACUGAAAUAUUACGUACAUUUUAUGCCACAUUUAAAGCCGAAAAGUUAAAAAACCUAAAAAUGAAGUUCAAAGCUGCAAAGACAAAAUUUGCAGAAAAAUGUUGUGGAAGAAGAAGUUUUUGAUCAUCUGUAACACAUACAUUAGAAUUAUGAUUUUUCACUACUAAGAAAUUAACAAUUCAAAGCCAUAAAAAUAGAAAGGUC